UUCUUGUUGUUUUUUCAAAUGCAUUGAACACUACAGACCAUCUUACACAGUGUUGUGCAGCAACCUUUGGUGCUGGAAAAGGAAACUACUAGGGACGUACAAGAAGCUGCCGUUCCUUUAAUUGCUACUUAAGGCUAGCUGAUAGCUCAUGAACACUAAUAAGGCUUAGAAUUAGGGGCAUGGUGCUUUGACAAGUAUGUGGACACAGGUAGGAGGCAUGUGUGUCUGUGCACCCAGUGGACUUCAGGGAUAUAGCUUGAUAACCAGUCUUGAUAACUAUAGUUGAUAAGUUUGACCUCUGACCUGUUUUUCCAAACAUGUUCACUUCUGGUUCCAAACUAACAUGAUGGUAGCAUCCAUCUAUUCAUUUUCUUCUGAUGUCAUGGUGGUUCUCUCCAACAUUUACAGAACACUGUUCUCAGUACUCUAACAACACUUUGACCUCAGCUUUUACUGCGAUCUUAGCUACACACCUGCAAAUUUUCUUGGCUGUAUCUUCCACACUUGAAAACCAGUCUAAACCACCUUUGCAGUCAUUCCCACUGAAAUGUAUUUUAAUAUGAUGGUGCACCCACAUUCUCAAAUUUAUAAUGUAUCCAGUCGUGUUUUUUUAUGUUUAAAUAUGCUCAUGAAUGCUGGUGGAUGCAACAAAGAAACAAAGAAACAAAAAAAAAACUAACGGUAUGAGGACAAUAUGGUAAGCACCAAUAAGGCAUCACUAUGUGCCCAAACAGAAAAAAAGAAAGAUUUGUAAAUUGGUUGUGAACUGCUGACUUUGUCUAUUCAUUUUGAGCUACUGUGAGUCUAACAAAGUCUGAACUAUGAUAGGAUAGAUUUAAAGCCAAGAAACUGAAAAAUAUUAUAAAACAAAACAUGGUUACAUGUUCAAAACUACACUAAUUUUUGAGGAGUUCCAAUAUCUUUACUGAAUAUCUGUUGAAGCUAAAUAUAUAUGCAAAGGUAUUGCAUUGUGUAGGCCAGUCAUUCACAAGACGGGGGGGGGGGGGGACACCCCGCCCCUCUAAGCCCAUUUAUAAUUGCUGUGCUACAAACUGUUCUUCCAGUGAGUGACACGUUAAACUCAUGAUGAGGAGCUUCGUCUUGAUAGCAGCUUUGUUUCUCUGCAGUCUCAGCUGGAACUCUGUUUCAGGUUCUGAGUUUCAGACUAUGGAGGUCCAGCCUGGUGAAGAAGUCACACUGCAGUGCUCAAAGAUCAAAGAUAUUAGAUCCAGAGAUCUAAUAGUGAGAGGCUGGUUCAGAGUGAUCAACAAAACUAAGCCCAGCUGUAUUUCCUCUGUGGUUGAAUUUUCCACAGAAACUUCAUUCUGCCAUGGAUUUGAAAAUGGACUUUUUGAAAUGAGUUCAAAUGUUUCUUCUGUCUUUCUCAAAAUAAAGGAAGUGAAAUUAUCUGACGCUGGGCUGUAUUUCUGUGGCUUUUAUGCAAGAACACACACAGUAUUUUCCCCUGCAAUAGAGUUAAGAAUUCAGAGUGGUGAUUCCAAUGAUGGAGAAGAUUUUAAAAGUGAAAGAGAGGCUGAUAAAAUGAUACAUCUGAUGAGCAUCAUCCUGGGUGGUCUGACUGGUUUACUCACUAUAGUUGUCAUUAUUCUGGUUCUAAAACUCAGGAAACUUCAAACAGCUGUACAUGAAGAACUGCAAUUGGAAGGAAGCAAGAAUAUGAGCCAAGAUGAUCUGAAUUAUGCAGCUCUGAGUUUCAAAAGAAGUCGCAAGUCUGCAACACACAGAGAACUGGAGCCUCAUGUUGUGUAUGCUGCCACAAGAUAGACUCAGGAAGUGCUUGGAAAUGCAGCUCAGAGUUGAACUCAUGCUUUAGAAUAAUAACCUGCUGAUGCGUUUUUGUGUAUGCGUUGCGGGUGAUAAGAAUCC